GCCCCGGCCCCGUGCGCGCUUCGCUCGGCAGCCGGCGGGACGCGGCGGCGGCGGCGCUGCUCCGACUUCUUUGUGCUCGGGUGGCGGCGGCGGCGGCGGCCUAGCGGGUCCUCGCGGCGCGUCCUCUCGGCCCAAACCAUGUCGGCGGCCGGGACGGGCUCGGGCGUGGAGGCGGGUUUCUCCAGCGAGGAGCUGCUGUCGCUGCGCUUCCCGCUGCACCGCGCCUGCCGCGACGGAGACGUGGCCGCGCUCUGCUCGCUGUUGCGGCAGGCGCCGCGCGCCCACCUGGCCGCCGAGGACUCCUUCUACGGCUGGACGCCCGUGCACUGGGCCGCGCACUUCGGCAAGCUGGAGUGCUUGGUCCAGCUGGUGCAGGCCGGAGCCACGCUGGACACGUCCACCUCGCGCUACGCCCAGACCCCGGCGCACAUCGCCGCGUUCGGGGGCCACCCCCAGUGCCUGCUGUGGCUGAUCCAGGCCGGAGCCAGCGUUGACCAGCCGGACUGUGAGGGCGAGACUCCGGUCCACAAGGCCGCUCGCUCCGGGAGCCUGGACUGCGUGGGCGCCCUUGCGGCCAACGGGGCAAGGAUCGACCUGAGAAAUGCCAGUGGCUUGACGGCAGCAGACAUUGCUGAAGCCCAGGGUUUCCACGAAUGUGCCCAGUUUCUCUUGAACCUGCAGAACUGUCACCUGAGCCGGCCCUACAGGAACGGCGCCUUGAACGGUGGCCCCCGGAGCGCGUUCCCGGGCCACCCAGCCGUGGGGCCGCGCAAGAGAUGCCUGGACGAGACGGAGGCCUUCGGGGCCAAGAAAGCCAGGACCGAUGCCCACAGUCCCGACUGUUACUUGCCGGCGGCCAGCAGCGAGCCAGACGAUGACACCGACAGAAUGCUCGUUGACCGAGAGCUCACGGCUGUAACAGAUGUGAGGCACGCUAGCUUCGUGUCCGGCAGCAUGGCCAGCGGACGCGGCCUCAAUGGACACUUGGACUUCCCCUGCACGCCGCCGCGCACCGGGACGGACAGCAGGCGCGCCGCCCUGGGCGUGGACACUCCUGGCAGUGGCCCGGGGGGGCCCGGGGGGCGCGGGCGCGAGGAGCCCGGGCAGGCCCCGGGUGGGAGCCCCGAACUCUGUGGCGCCCUGCACCUGAAUGGGAGCCCCAGCAGCUGCGUGGCCAGCAGGCCCUCCUGGGUGGGCGAGCUGGGGGACAGCCUGCACUAUGGACACUACCAUGGCUUUGGGGACACGGCUGAGAGCAUCCCCGAGGUCAGCAGCGCCCUGGAGCACUCGUGCUCCGUGCGGGUGGCCGAGCGCUACGACAGUGCCAUCCUGGGCGCCAUGCAGCUGGACCUGAGCUCCUAGGGCCAGCGCUGGCCCCGCCCCACGUGGGCUUCGCUGCCCAUCUUGGC